GUCAGUCGCGCCGAGAGCGCAGGGACUGGACGGCACCGCUCGUCGAGGGUCUCCGGUUGGCGAACGCGCGAUCUGGCCUGGCCAUGGAGUGGGACAUCGAGGCACUGGCCGGGAAGGGAUCUUACACACGCCCUCUGAUGUAGAUGAGGACUUGGAUAGUGGCAGCAGCAGUCAAACAGGAAAAGCACCUCCUGCCAAAGAGAAAAGGGAGCAGUCAGAAGAGGGUGACCUCCUAGAGCUCCCUGUGUCCCCCAAGCCCGAUGGCGAGCAGAGCAGGAGCCAGAGCCCCAUCCAGCUGGAGAGCUCUCCUGAGGCAGACGAGGAGCAGGAGGAGGAACAGGCCUUCCUGGUUAGCCUCUACAAAUUCAUGAAGGAGCGGCACACACCCAUCGAGAGGGUACCCCAUCUUGGCUUCAAGCAGAUUAACCUGUGGAAGAUUUACAAGGCCGUGGAGAAGCUGGGGGCUUAUGAACUGGUGACAGGCCGCCGCCUCUGGAAGAAUGUGUAUGACGAGCUGGGGGGCAGCCCAGGUAGCACCAGUGCGGCCACGUGCACACGCCGCCACUACGAGAGGCUGGUCCUCCCGUAUGUGCGGCACCUGAAGGGGGAGGAUGACAAACCACUGCCCCCUACCAAGCCCAGGAAGCAAUACAAGAUGGCCAAGGAGCUGAGGGGGGACGAUGGGACCACCGAGAAGCCAAAGAAGGCCAAGGACUCAGAGAGGCACAUGGACCAGACCACACCAGGAAAGACCAAAUCAGAAGCCACUGGCCUGACACAGCUUCCCAGCCAGGGACCUUCAAGGGAUAGUACAGAACAGCUAGGCCCAACAUCUGGGCCCUCUUUGCCAUUCAUGGGUGCUAGUGGCUGCCCUGAGGCCUACAAACGGCUCUUGUCCAGCUUUUACUGCAAAGGGGCGCAUGGCAUCAUGUCCCCCCUGGCCAAAAAGAAACUCCUGGCCCAGGUCAGCAAAGCAGAGGCCUUGCAAUGCCAAGAAGAGGGCUGUCGCCAUGGAGCAAGGAGCCCCAGCAGGGACCUUCAAGAAAGUCCCCAGAACCUAAAAGGGCCGGCUGAGAACUCUGAACACCACCAGCUAACCCCCCAGGAAGGAUUGCAGGCCCCCAGUGGCAGCACCAAGGUGGAGGUGCAGGAGGGCCCCUGCCCUAUAGCCCCCACUUUCUCAGGCUGUUUUCAUGCCUACCCCACUGAGGUGCUGAAGCCUGUCAGCCAACACCCCAGGGACUUCUUCUCUGGCCUUAAAGACCGGGUGCUGUUGGAACCGCCUGGUAAAGAGGAAGGGCUGUCAACCAAAGAGCCCCAGCUGGUGUGGGGUGGGGAUGCCAACCGCCCCUCUGCAUUCCAGAAAGGCAGUUCCAGAAAAAGAAGUUUCUACCCCAAGCCCAAAGCCUGCUGGGUGUCCCCUAUGGCCAAGGUCCCUGCUGAGAGCCCUGGAGCCCCAGCUCCGCUCCCCAGUAGCCCAGGCCUCGGCCACAAGCGCAGCUUGGAAGAAGAGGGCUUUGCUCACGGUGGCAAGAAACUGAGAGCAGUGUCUCCCUUCCUGAAGGAAGUGGAUGCCAAGGAGUGUGGGGGCAAGCCUGCAGCACCUGGCUUGGCUGUAUCCUGUCUGCUGGGCCCAGCCCUGGGUCCCUCUCCUCCAGAGGCCUACAGGGGCACCAUGCUGCGAUGUCCUCUGAACUUCACCGGUAGUCCGGACCCUCUGAAGGGCCAGGCCACACUCCCCUUCAGUCCGUUGGUCAUCCCAGCUUUCCCAGCCCAUCUCCUGGCUACAACAGGCCCCGCACCCAUGGCUGCCAGCCUGAUGCAUUUCCCUCCCUCGUCCUAUGACGCUGUCCUCCGCAACAGACUGGGUCCAGCUUCAUCUGCCUGGCACAUGCCACCCGUCACAACCUAUGCGGCACCCCACUUCUUCCACCUCAACACCAAGCUGUAGGUUGGAGCCUGUUGUGCUGUGUGUGCUGUGAGGAUUGGCUGGGACCUCAAAAGGGCAGGUGCUGCCAGAAACCUCAGGCCAGAGCCCACUGCCUAGAACUCCCAGGCCAGUCAGCCUUCCCAAGUCUGUACCCGCCCCUGGCACAGACAGGG